GCUGUCAGCAGCCAGAGCAUUCCGAUCCUGCUCUACACGCACACACACACACGCCUCACCUCAAUCCAGCCCUCACAUUGGCCAUUGCCUUCCGUAUACGCGUGAUGUAGCUUCACGUCGGCAGCCGGGCGCCGGCGCUCGACAACUGCUCCGCUCCAUAAGGCUCGGACUCACUGGCAAAGUCGCGGGCAGUCGCGGCAGUCCGACAGUCGCCGAGAGUCCACGAUUGCGAUCCAACAGUCCUCAACAUGGCCUCCGACCCGGUACUGCUACCGGUUCAGCUCGACGCCUUCGUCCUCAACCCCUCGGUGUGCGGCACUGGAGAGCCCGCCGACAAGGACGCGCGCAUCUCGCCCGUGUCGCAGCCAAACUACACCUUUCUCCGCCUCGACAACUUCCUCCUCCAGCCCGACGUCCAGUCCCACGCGACGCUCCAUAGCACCGCCCCGGCCGCCCUUAACCCGCGCCUGACCGACCUUGGGGCCCGCCCGCCCAAGCCGCUGCGCCAUCGUCACGGCGUCUACCUGCACUGGACGCUCCCGCGAUGCUACCGUGCUGGUGUCGUCUCGUCUGGUGAUGCCGUGCCCGCCGAGCGCGCCAGGGACGACCGGCGCAGGCGCGGACUCGACGUGCCCGCCGAGUCUGAAACGCCCCUGUCGUCGUCGCCCGAGUUUACCGAGCCGCCGACGCGUUGGCUCGUGGUCCGACAGAUCGAUGUGGACAGCAUCAAGCCCGAGGCGGCGCGGGCCGCGUUCAAGGACAAGGAGUACCAGGGCUGGGUAAUUGAGAGCGACUAUCUCUGGUCCCUGGACAAGAUCCCGCUGGAUAUGGACCUGCAGACGGACAUGGCGCCGUUCGUGGUGGGCCAGCCCGGCCCCGACGUGCGCAUCGAGCAGCAGGCCGAGGUCUUUAUCGGGCGCAAGUACUCGCUCGAGGAGUGGAAGGGCGCCGCCGCCGAGAACCCGCAGUCGAAGCCGCCCAACAUCAGUCUCCUGCGGAGCAGCAACCAGUUCUUUGCCGACUUUCAGAUGCACAACGCCAACGUUUUUAGCAUGCUGGACAACUUUCAGUACGCUGCCGCCGACCCCAAGGCCAAGACCGAGGCCAAGUACCUCGACUCUGCCGUCGCCAACUAUUACCUGAUCGGCUGGCACUGGAAGGCUGAUGUCGAUCCGCUGUGGCGCUCCGGGCGCAACGGGACGCACGCUCAGAGCAUGGAGACGCUGUUCAUGAAGAUGAUGGGCAAGGCGCCUGGCGAUGGCUGGCUGGAUGACAAGUCGCAGCUGCGGCUCGUCUGCCACGGAGCCAUGUACAACGUCAUCUGGGACCACACCAAAAAGCCGUCCAGUGUCCCUGCGGACCGCUUCUCGCAGCGCCUGCGCGACCAGACGGUGCCAGCCGUGUCGGUUGGCACAACGCCCAUGGACGCGUUGGUCUCAUACUGCAGCGCGCGCAAAGGCUCCGAUGGCGACUCGCACGAGGUCCAGAAGAUGGAGGAGGACAUCCUAGCCAUCUACUCGCUGCUGCAUGCGCGCGAUGACGGCGUCGAGGCCCAGCGCGAGGCCAAGGACUCCAUCUACAACUGGGCCUACUCGCGCGGCCAGGGCGGCACACGUUUCCACUUUGCCGGAGAGGACGCCCAAGGCCAGCCGCUCAAGCCGAGCCCGGACGCCGUGGUCAAGCUGCGGCUCCUCAACCAGGCCCAGGCCCUGCUGGACGCGUGCAGCCGCGCCCUGAUGCAGUACCGCUGGGACGUCUUUUCACUGUGGUGGAAGUACGUCAGCGACGUCAGCAACAAGAAGGAUGGCGUCCAGAAUCUCAAGUUUAAGCGCGACACGGAAGCCGCCACGACCAAGAUUGCCGAGCUGGAGAAGCGCAUCAAGGUACUGGCCGGCGACGUGGACAAGCUCAAGGCCGAUUCGGACCUGUCCAAUGCCAAGCCCGGCUCUGAGCCCUUCUUUUACCGUGCCCGCGAUCCGACCGUCCUUGUAGGCGGCGUGGAGUCUGGCUGGGCCACCGAUUUCCUCGACAAGGUCAACGUGCGUGUGCCCAAGGCGGCGGUCACCUACCAAGCAGAAUGGGGACUCCCACCCGGCCUCAAGGCUCUGGUUGCUCUGGUUCGCACCAAACUUCCUUCAGAUAUCGCCAGUGCCGGCGAGGCUCUCUUGUCAGAAUUCCACGCCCUGCGUAGCAGCCUGGACGAGCCCCUGCCCGAAGGGAAAGAGUAUCCCCAGUUCCACGACCAAAAGACAUCGGACAAGCGGUGGCGGGACCGCUGGGACCGACAGCCGUGGUUCCCACUGUAUGCCGAGUGGGAGGCCGAAUACACGCACGUGCCGUGGGAGAACUGGCGGUUGGACGAGCAGACUGCGCGCCUGUCGGCCAACAAGACUGUCCGUUACGGCAUCACGACGCCUUCGGGCAAGCCGCUGUGGGAGGAGCUCAAGGGCCGGCUCGACACGCGCGUCCUGUCUGGUCGCGUCCUAAUCCUGCCCCAGCCCAGCUUCUCGCUGCGUGCCAAGGUCACUCAGCUGUUUGACAGCACGCCCGCGUCGGUGCUGGACAAGUACCUGCCAGAGGCGGAUCGUACGGCGCUGCUGGCCAACAUUGACCAGCUUGCGUAUCUCUCGUCACCCCUGGCCGGCUUCACCGAUGGCCUUCUCACGCUCUCGCAAGGCACACACCUGAAGCCCGAGAACAAGACGGUCAACAGCGCAGGCGCCGAAUCGAGCAACGCCAUCCUGGCGGCCGUGUUUGAGGAUGCGGGCUUCUCGGCCUCGGCCAUCAACCGCAUCCAAAACAACUCGGCCGUGACGCCGUAUGCGGCCCGCACGCGCUUCGUCGACAAUGGCUACUCCCCUUUCAAGCCCGUCACGCAUGGCCAAUUCCGGUUCCUCAAGUUCAACAUUAUCGACAAGUUCGGCCAGGCCCUGAUGGCCAUCGACCCAGAGCCCAAGGCGACCGGGCCUGAUCCCAUGUACCCCUGCAUCAGCGACUUUUACGAGCCCCAGCUCGUAGUGUCCGAGGGUAAAGACAACGCCAAUACGGUACUAAAAGAACGCCCUGGCCUCUGCGAGUUUAUGCAGCUGCCACCCUCGAUCAACCAAAACGCCCGCUUCAACGCCACGUUUGUGCGGCGAGUUCGCGACGACCCGCCCGAGCUGAGGAUCCCGCUCAACGUUCCAGGAGGGCCGUCGGCAUGGCGGCCAGCGUCCGAGUGGGAGAACCCGAUCUGGGGCUGGAUCAUCACCAACUACGCCGACUACGGCAUCCAGCUCUUCCGCACCGACGGCACAUUUUACCGCGAGGUUCGCUUCGGCGGUCCCCUUGGCGCCUUGGCCGCCCCCAAGUGGAUUCCCUUUGCCCCUGUCCCCAAGUCCGACCCCAACACCUCCCAGCUGGACCUGCUGGCCGAACGCCUGACGGACGUCACCUACCUGACUGGCUUCUGGCACAUGAUCACCACUGCCCAGGACGCCCUCCCGCCUGCGCCCACGGCGUACGCGCAGUUCCUCAACUCCAUCGUCGGCAAGCCCCUGGCCCUGGUCAACAUGGGCUGGUCGCUGGAGCUGGACGGCCCACCGCUCGUGACACAGUCGACCAACGCGUCGGUCAACAAGCCCGAGGUCAUGCUAACGGCGCCCCAGCCGGACGACAAGAGCAAGCGCUACAGCUUCCAGGUUCGCCUGGGUAAUCGCGAGAGCGAGCACGACGGGCUGGUCGGCUACUUUGACGUGACGGCGGCGUCCGACAAUAUCAAGGACGCGUUCGACAUGGGCUACAUCAACACCUUUUUCGCCCCGGACCCGCGUAGGGACGAAAAGCCCCUGUUGCCGCUCAAGCGCCUCAACUCGGACACGUACCCGACAUUUACGCCGUACUGGCAGGCCCCAUUCCCGACGGCGCCGCCGUACGACCCGGCCAGCCUGGUGUCGGCUCAAACUUACGACGACCAGCGCAACCGCCGCAUGGCCGUCUACGGCGCCAUCGUGGACCCCUUUACGCCCGUGCACGCCUACAGCAGCCUGCUGCCGCCGCAGACGCUGCAGCUGCCUGGCUGGACGUGGCAGGCCGCCCUGAACAACAUGACGGCCUUUUUCCACGCCGGGCCCAUGGUGCUGGUGGACGACGUGGGCGGUUAUAACGGCGAGCCGCUGACGGCCGAGAACUGGCGAAAGGUGCCGGCCCGCAACGUGGCGCUGCCAGGGCUGGGCGCUGGUGAGUGGAACUGGCUGCAGCCGUUUGAUCUGGUCACCGAAGAGCUGCUCAAAGCCGGCUCGGACACGGUCGAGGUCGACGACGGGGACGUGGACGUGGACGUGGACGAUGGCGUCGCUCCAGUCUUCAACGCGUACGGCAUCGAAAAGAAGGGCAACCUAAACAAGCCAGGAUUCGAGAAAGGGCCGUACACGGCAGUGGAGGGAUUUUUGCAGCUGCGGAACCCGCUGAUGAUGCCCAAGCCGGAGAAGGGAGUCUAGAUGUUCAUUCAUGUACGCUAUCUACCCGCAUAGCUAUCACUACAAAACCUUGUCCUUCAGGUGCGUAAACGACCCCGGCUUGUCCUCCCUCGACACAUAAAACACGUGGUUCAGCCGGUUGGCCGUGCUCACGGAAAUCUGAGUCGUCGCGUUGGCCUUGGGGCUGCCCUCAAGAUAAUCAGGCUUCUGCCACUUGCCGUCCACCUUGACGAUGCGCCGCAGGUUGUCCUUGGAAUCG